AUGAAGUUCUUCACGCUCUCCCUGCUCAUCCCCAUCGCCUACCUCUCCAUCCUGAUCGGCAGCAUGGCCACGUUCUCGCACCUGUACCGGCAGAGACAAGUCAAGAAGAAACUCCGGCUGGCGCCCUACUUCCCGCCGCACACGACGCGCAACAUCUACCUUUCCCUGUUACACCUGCAAGACGACGGCAACACCAAGGUGCCGGAUUCCGUCUUGCGCGCCGCGCUGCUGGCCCGGGCGUGCGACGACAUCCGGCGGAUCAUGGAGGUGCGUGUGCGCAAACCCGCGCUGGCGGCGUUGCUGCAGCGCGGAGUGGUCGGCGACGAGAUCUUCCAGCGACUGCAGCGGGCUGAGCAGGAGCUGGAACUUGAGCUGAAGGACGUGGUCGCCGAAGCCAAUGCUCUGAGCGGGUCUGGGCCCGCCGCCCCGGGCACCUGGGGCCACACCAUCUUUCAGAGCGCCAACGAGAUGGUGCAGAACCAGAUCUUGCGGGACAAACUGGACGCCAUCAAGAAGACACUACCAGAGGAGAAGGAGCGGUGGGACAACCAGAGAGAAAUGGCCAGACGAGAGUUAAUGGGCGGCGAGGACAAGGCGACCGCCGCAGCAGUGGGUGACAAGCCUGUUGCUGCUGCUGCUGCCACGGGUACGGCUACUGCACCAGUCGCGGCAGAAAAGACAGCGCCCAAAGCCGCCACGGCAAGCAGCGACGAGGACGGCGUCAUAGUCGAAACGCCCGCUGCGGAGGUAUCCACCACCACCAGCGGCGGCGGCAAACAGAAAAAGAAGAAAGGGAAGAAAUGA